AUGGCAGACGUUCCUAAAGACAAACUCCGUAAGGAAAUUACCGCUAUUUUAAAAAAUGCUGAUCUCACUAAGAUGUCAGCUAAAAAAGUUCGACAACAACUCGAAGAAAAGUUAGAAGUGGAUUUAACAGAUCAGAAAAAAGUUGUCGAUGAUUUAGUUAUGGAAUUUUUAAAAGAAACAACAUCUGGAAAUAAAAAAUCGAAAAAAACUGAAAGCGAAAAUGAAGAUGAAGAUGAUGGUGAAGAAGAAAAUGGUGGAGAUGAUGAUGACGAUGAAGACUAUGAUGAUGAAGAAGCUGAAAAAGAUAAACACAAAGACAGAAAGAAAAGACCGCAUAAAAAUAAUAAAGGGAGUGAUAGUGAAGAAGCAUCCGAUGAUGAUGACGAAGAAGAAUAUGGACCAAAAAAAAAAGCAAAAACAACUCAGAAAAAGGGAGCUGGUAAGAAAAAAAAAAAGGGAUCCGAUAAUGAUUCAGAUGAAGACUGGGGUAAAAAUAAAAAAAAAGGAGGAGGUGGUGCAAAAAGGGGUGGAGCUAAAAGUGGAUAUACCAAACCGUGUAAUUUGAGUCCAGAAUUGGCAAAACUAGUUGGAAGGGACAGUAUGCCUAGGCAUGAAGUUGUUAAGAAAAUUUGGGAAAUAAUAAAGGAAAGAGAUCUAUAUGAUCCUGAGAAUAAACAGUACGCCAUUUGCGACAAUGAUUUGUUCAAAGUAAUAGGAAUCAAAAGAUUCAGGGCCUUCAGCAUGAUGAAAUACCUCAAAAAUCAUUUUAAAUCAUAA